AUGGAAGGCACACAUACUGUCCUUCAAUUGCACAAACCCAUUAUGGAGCUUUGUUACAUCAGCUUCUAUCUUCCGGAGGGAAAAAUCACUGGAUUUACUUACAAGGGCCAUGUAGCUCUGGAUAGAACUAAUAAACGUUUGUGUAGCUACUGUCAUGUAAGGGAGAGGUUAGAGAUGGCGCUGAGAGAACAGUCAUAUGAAAACUUUGGAGAUAUAAUUUUCAAGCGAACUAACACGAAAGACAUUCUUAUUGAACUGUACAAACUAACUUCUGAAAAGGAAAAACUGUUAUCCAGUCUUUUGAGAUCGCAUCAUAUUCAGAACCUUAAGACAGGACGUCAGGAGGGAAAGCAACAAGAUGUUUCUGGAGUCCCAAAACUGAAAGGUGAUAAUUCCUCCAGUCUUACACAUCAGCAGGAUUCCACAAAGAGAGAGAAUUUGAAUCACAAAAAAAUAAGGAAAUACAGAAGGAAAGAGAGCUUUGAGGAUUUCAGACAUGGGAAAGGGGAAAAAAAGAUACAUGAACAUCUCUUUUUACUGAGUGCUCAAGACAUGCAACAGGAAAAUAAGAAGAUGCUCUCCACAAGAUUUCCUAAGAGGAGAUAUCCCAGUUCCUUUUCUGCCUCCAGUUGGCUAACAGUAAAAGGUAAGGAUAAUUUACCAGUAGACAAUAGAAUACAACCAGAAAGGUGGACAGAAGAGGGGUAUUUUCUUGAGAGCAACAGGACUGUGAAAGUGGAUGUUGACUUACCAAGUUCAAGCUCAAAAGACAAUGAUGUAGUUGCAGUUGAACUAGUGGACAGUGAAGAAUGCAUUCCUGAAGUUUCCGUGGUACAACAGGGUAUCACUUCGGUGAAGUCAUCUCAGUGCAGUCCAUCUAACAAAUUUGAGUCAGUAAGUAAAUCUGCAGCUGCUAAAAGCUUGAAAAGUAGCAAGUAUGCUGAGCCAGUAUGCAAGGAGAAACCCAGAAUCCCAGUUCUUGCUGAAGUACUGGAUUCAGAAGCUUGUAUGAAAAAAGUUGCCAAACCCCCUGCAGAGUCUUUACCUGAUUUUCAUGGAGAUAAAGAAGCCAUUUCUCCUAUUCUCACAACAGUACAUGACCAGUUUAUAUCAAGAGCUGAUGUAUGCUCUGUAGAUGAAGCUGCUGGAGACUCUAAUAACACUGUGCUGCAGGAGGAGGAGGAAGAUAGCUCUGGUUUGCAGUACAAAGCAGAGAGAGUGCACAUUACUGAUGAGUCAUGCAACUUUGUGGGAGCAGUCAAUAAAGCUCUUCUGAAAGUCAUACGGAGUGACAGUUCAGAUGAAGCUGAAGAAUGGAAGAGACUGCAACAAAUUACAAGAGUAGACAGAAACUUGCCAAGCUCACUAUAUGAGAAAAGAACCACGGUAUCCCAGGGAAGCAGCAAGCAUUUAUUUUUGAACCUGCCUGUAAAUGAAAGUCCUGAUACUUCUCAGACAAGUAAUAAUCUUAAACUGGAAGAGAAAAGGCUGCAUUCACCCCAGUUAGCAGCAGUGAGUAAUGUUUUUAGUAAUUCAUAUCCGCUAUCUAAUACACACAAACAAAUGUCACCUAUUCCUUCUCCGUUGUCUUCGAGACUGCCUAGCCCACAGCUGCAUCACCGGAUUCUCCCAUUACCAAAACAGAACGCCGAGGAUGAAUCUAUGCUCAGUGACUAUGGCCACGGAAGACAUGGUGCUAUAAACUUACCUUUCAGUGAUUUGGAGCCACAGGCUUAUCUGAAGUUUUCUGAACCUGGAGAAUUGGGAUUUGCUGCGAGACAACGGGGCCUACAUCAGAAUACAACUGCAGGGCAUUUUGAAAAGCGCGCUGUACAAGAAAAAUUGACUACUCAGACACAGCAGAGUUUCUGUCCAGGUCAGUCCUAUUUUGUAAAUCUUUAG